AUGUCAGUGACAUCCACCAUUACCAGUCAGUCGGUACCAGGGAAUGGAUAUUUUGGUGAUACAACGGAUCACCAAUGGAGUCCUGAACAAAACAAUCAAAUCACUCAACCUGAACAGGUCCAACAAUGGCAAGAUGUGCGACAGUUCGACAUAGCCAAUGGGCAAAUACAUGAAAACUUUAAUCUCCAACCUGGGCCUGAACAAAAUACUUAUAAUGUGAACAAUCAGAAUCAUUUCACUACACCAAGCUACGAACUGAUUGAUUUAUCGAACCAAAAAGCUUUAAAUCACAAUAUGUCAUACUACAAUGUUCCCAAUGGAACUAAUACAAAUUCAGCAUUCAUGACAGUGGGCUAUCCCAACAACAUGAUGAGUCAAAGAGUUGGACCAGUUUAUACCACUACAAAUAAUGCCUGGAAUAAUAGCAACAACGCAAUAACUAGGCCGAUGCCUGUAUCAAGAACAAGUUGGAUAACACCAAAAACGGGCAAUGGAGUCACAAAAAAACCAAAAAGAGUUCGCACUGCUUUUACAAGUCAACAGAUGAUGGAAUUAGAACUUGAAUAUACAAGGACUAGAUACCUAGAUCGCAAUCGUCGAUUGGAGCUAUCUGAAAAGUUACAACUCAAUGAAAGAACUAUAAAAAUAUGGUUCCAAAACAGACGCAUGAAAGAUAAAAAGGACAGGGCCGAAAGUAAUGAAGAAUCCGAAGCGACGAGUACUACAGAAUCAUCUCCGGAGAUGGGAAUGCCUCAUUUAUACGAUAACUAUCAUCAAAACAUGCCGUACAAUGAAUUAAACCGUUUGAAUUCGUACAUGGAUCAAAACGUAUCUCUAAUGCCAGUAUUAGGUAAUAAUGGAGUACCCAUUCCUGUGCAGAAUAUUAUGGCUAAUAGUCAUUCUGGAUAUUAUAUGCAUGGCACGAUGCCAACUCAGGUGGACUAUAAUCGUUCUGGUCAAAUCCCAUUAGAAGAUUACUCAAAGAAAGACAUAGCAGCGACUUCGGAGACAAGUAAAGAAAACGACGAUUUCAGCGAAUUUUUAAUAAAAAAUGAGCCAUCUCCAACCACUACAACUGUUGAAGAUGACAGCAACGUUGGUAUCAAUGAUGGAAAUUGGGAUUUGUCGUGGAUUCGCAUCAUAGAUUCUAACGACGAAGCUUGA